AGAUCCGGCUAGGCUCCGCUGGAGUCCGCCAUGCCUUUCUCCACGCAGUCGCCUGCUAGCGGCGAGCAGUAUGUCCUGACGGCCAGCCUGGACAACGCCCGCAAUUUGUCCAGCCUCCUUAGGGCCGUCCACUUCCAGGAUCAUGCCACUUGCUUUGCCACAGCCAACGGCCUUCGGGUCACCGUGGAGGAUGCCAAAUGCAUUCAGGCCAAUGCUUUUAUCCAGGCAGAAAUUUUUCAGGAAUUUCAUGUUCAGGAAGAAUCAGUGAUGUUCCGAAUCAAUUUGGCUGUUUUCCUUGACUGCUUGACCAUUUUUGGUGCCAGUUCUUUGCCAGGAACAUCAACAGCUCUUCGGAUGUGUUAUCGUGGUUAUGGCCAUCCCCUGAUGUUAUUCUUAGAAGAAGGAGGAGUAGUGACAGUGUGCAGAAUUAACACUCAAGAACCUGAGGACUUGUUAGACUUUAACUUUUGCAGUACUAACGUCGUCAAUAAAAUUAUUCUGCAGUCAGACGGGCUACGAGAAGCAUUUUCUGAACUUGAUAUGACCAGUGAAGUUCUGCAGAUUACCAUGUCUCCAGAUAAACCAUACUUCAGGUUAUCCACUUUUGGAAAUGCAGGAAGUGCACAUCUGGACUAUCCCAAGGAUUCGGAUUUAAUGGAAGCAUUCCACUGUAACCAAACCCAGACAAACAGGUACAAGAUUUCUUUGCUUAAACCAUCUACAAAGGCACUGGCUUUAUCUUGUAAAGUCUCCAUUCGAACAGAUAACCGAGGGUUUCUUUCACUGCAGUAUAUGAUCAGGAAUGAAGAUGGACAGAUUUGUUUUGUAGAAUACUAUUGUUGCCCCAAUGAAGAAAUCACUGAAGCAGAAUUGUAGCUGCAUAUUCUGAUUCUGGGCCGUGGGAUUAAAAAUAAGAAGUCUUCUUUCGUAAAUUCCCCUGCCACUGUUCCUCAGCCUCGACACAGAAAAAAAGCAGAAAGUAGUAUUAAUCUCCAAAAGCCAGAUAUCACACACGUUAAAGCUGUCUUGUAAUAUGCUGCUGUCAUUUACAGCUUUGUUGAAGCAUU